AUGGGAUACCAUUCCCACAUCUUGGAGGAGUGCCAUGCCGAAGAAACCCGUGCCAGCACGGACAUGGGAUCAAGUGCAGUCUGGCUGUGCUGGCGAGUGUACAGGACAGCAACAUGGAGACACGCUGCGGAAGGCAGCGCGCCGCCCCCCGGCUUCUGCAUUGCGGCGCUGCCUGUGCCCGACGGCGAGGAGACCGCCAAGGACUCCCACCCGGGGUGGCCCCCGCUGGGCGGGGCGGCGGCGGGCAGGAGGCACGGGCGGCGAGGGAGGCGCUCAGUCCGCGGCGCGCACGUCGGGCCCUGCGAGGCGCCCCCAGCCUCCGAAGGGCUGGCGAAGGGAGCCUCCUUUAGACUCCAGGCAUGUAGGGAGAGCUGUGAGAUCACCCGGGUUAUAAAUAUCUCCGUGCCAGCGCUGCGCUCUCGGACCGCGCUCUCCCUCCAGCGGGCCGACUAUGCCUGCCCAGCUCGGCGGAGCGGACGCCCGGCCGCCCCCCAGGCACGGCGGCAGCAGCAGCAGCAGCAGCAGCAGCCUCCGCAAAAUGCCCCGCGCUUCCCUCCGGCUGGAAGAAUGAGCCUGCCCUUCCUCCUCGGCCUCCUCUGCCUCCGCCACCUGAUCGCCUUCGCUCUGGCGCACAAGGAGACGCUGCCCCCCAGAGCGCAAUUUGGAGACGCGCCGCUCCGCGCCCAGAACAGCAGCAGGAGCGGCGGCCGCUGGGCAAGUCGGAGCGCCUCUGCCACUUCCUCCUCCUCCGCACCUUCCUCUUACUCUUCCCCCUCUGGGGGAGUUCGGGGCAGCGGCUCGGAAAGAAGCAGUUUCCAGUGGAGCCCAACCGGGCGCAGAACCGGCAGCCUCUACUGCAGGGUGGGCAUCGGGUUCCAUCUCCAGAUCCACCCGGACGGGAAAGUCAACGGCUCCCACCAAGCCAGUCUCUUAAGUAUUUUGGAAAUAUUUGCUGUGUCUCAGGGGAUUGUAGGAAUACGAGGAGUUUUCAGCAACAAAUUUUUAGCGAUGUCAAAAAAAGGAAAACUCCAUGCAAGUGCCAAAUUUACCGACGACUGCAAGUUCAGGGAACGGUUUCAAGAAAACAGCUAUAACACGUACGCCUCGGCGGUUUACCGGACUGAAAAAACGGGAAGAGAGUGGUACGUGGCUUUGAACAAAAGAGGCAAAGCCAAACGUGGGUGUAGUCCCCGAGUGAAACCUCAGCACCUUUCUACUCAUUUCCUCCCACGGUUCAGACAAGUAGAACCUCCGGAACUUUCUUUUACCGUCACCGUCCCUGAAAAGAAAAAGCCACCUGUUGUCAUCCCAGCAAAGCCAAAGGUCCCAAUGCCGGUGCCUCGGAAGAACUCCCCUCCAGUUAAAUACAGACUCAAGUUUCGCUUUGGAUAG